AUAGAAGAAAGUCAGAUUUCAUAGUUUGACCUGAUAAUAAUAAUAAAAUGAUAAUAAAAAUGGAAGUUUAAGUGGCUUCAAACACACGCGUCACGUUUGUCAACACAACAGUGUCGCGUGAUGUCUACAUUAAGCCAGCAAUAUAAUUUCGAGAUACUUACUAGGUGUUACAGGACCAGGAGUUUUUACUCACUUCUCAAAAAAGCAUUAGACGUUUAGAUUAGGUGUAUAUUUGUAUUUAUGUAGUCAUUAUCUUCCGCUGAGCUGGAGCUAGGGUGAGAGACAAGGACAGUGAAUUCUUGCACUACUAGUAUACAACUACAGGAUGUCAUUUUACAUACUCAUUUCAUAUCAUGUGAUUUUUAUUGAGUAAUGUUUUUCUCCCUGGAAUAUCUUUUACUUGUAAUAAAUAUGAAGGUUUAAUUGUAUUUGAUUUAUUUUUUUGUCAUCAGCACAGGUCAUUGCAGGACCCUUCGCUUGCCACAUAACUAAUAAUAACUAUAGUAUUUGAGGAUUUGAUACUGAUGGUUGUCUCUUAAGUUGAAGAGCAUCAUGCAGUGCAUUUCAUAGUUUAAUUUUCUGUCUCAUAAUCCGACAUCGGAGCUGGUUUCUGUGGAAAUAACAGGGUCACUUAUCAUCCUUUUGAUCCUUGUAGUAGAUGUAAAGAAUCCCACUGUAGUGUUCUCAGUUUGGUCUGAACCACACCCGUGUACUGUUACAGCACACUUUGCUUGAAGUCAUUAGGGAUGCUGUCUGCCCCACAGUGAGACGAGGAGAGCAUCAGGACACACCACACCAACUGUGAUGAUGAGGAUCAGGGCGACAGACUAGUACUUCUUUGGUGGUUUCUGUAGGGAUCAAGUCAUGUUUAAUUCAUCUACGUUCACGACAUACUUAUUUAAAAGAUGUUUGAUAAGCCGGAGUGUGCUCCCGGGAAGAGUCAGGAUAAACUGAUGAAAAUGUGUCUGUUCAUUGAGUGUUGUGCAGCAGAGGCGAGAAGAACUUAAAUGAUGUAACUUGUUCUUUAUUGGAAGUUGUGUCAGUAGAGUCAUCAUUUACCAAAUAUAAAAACUGUCUCCAAAGACCACUUUCCCAGCUUUUUGAGGAUUUUCAGCCCUUACAACUGUAAAGAGCUUUUGCAGACAUCCCGAAUCACUAGAAAUAAAAGCUUAAAUCGCCCAAGAGUGAAUGUUUGUUUUUAGCAGCAUGGAUUAUUGCAAGCUUUCGUGUCCCCCGUGGCUCCACUGGCUUGUAAAUUUAUUUGAAAUUGAGUAGUGGACUUUUAAGAGUUUUGUUCCACACACAGAUUAAAUGUAAGGUGAAGACAGAAAGGGUGCAACGGACAACAUUGUUCUUCAUGAGGGUUGAACGUUCAAUGAUUUUAUAACUGAUAUCGUUCUGUUGCUUUGUUUAAAUUUGCUUUUACAUUUGGGGAUAUGUUAAGAUAGGUCAGGAUUAUUCUUUCUUUUUAAGAUGUCUCCACUUUGCUGCUAAUGAUUUAGAUUGAUUUUGUCGUCGACAUCACUGCUCAGUUCUUGUUUCUUCCCGUUUCAAGCUCCUACUGUACGUCUUGCCUCUGCGGUGGGUGUUGUGACCACAUGUGUCCACCAUGUGUUGCUCUUAUCUGUCACCGGGAAGUGGGAGGGUUUUUACCGCGUUAAUCUCUGGAAGCUCCGUGAACGCAGCUCGCUCAGAACAUGGCGCAGGACCAGGAAACGGAGACAAACAACUCAGGUGUUGACACAAGGCUGAAGUUUACAAUUGAACCGUCUCUGGGGAAGAAUGGCUUCCAGCAGUGGUAUGACGCUCUUAAAGCCGUGGCCAGACUUCCAACUGGAAUCCCCAAAGAAUGGCGGAAGAGGGUGUGGCUGACUCUGGCGGACCACUACCUCCACAACAUCUCCAUCGACUGGGAGAAGACUCUUCGCUUUGCCUUCAACGAGCGCAGCAACCCCGAUGACGAUUCUCUGGGCAUUCAGAUCGUGAAAGAUCUACACAGGACUGGGUGCAGUUCUUACUGUGGCCAGGAGGGGGAGCAGGACCGGGUGGUGCUGAAGAGGGUGCUGCUGGCCUACGCUCGCUGGAACAAAGCGGUGGGCUACUGUCAGGGGUUCAACGUUCUAGCUGCACUGAUACUGGAGGUGACGGAGGGAAAUGAGAGUGAUGCCCUCAAGGUGAUGAUCUAUCUGAUCGACAAAGUUCUGCCUGAGAGUUACUUUGCCAAUAACCUGCGAGCUCUGUCUGUGGACAUGGCUGUGUUCAGAGACCUGCUGCGGCUGAAGCUGCCCCGGCUGUCUCAGCACCUUCACCACCUGCAGAAAGCUGCCAACAAGGAGGCUGGAGGCAGCUACGAGCCUCCACUGACCAACGUCUUCACUAUGCAAUGGUUCCUCACCAUGUUUGCCACCUGCUUACCGGCUCCAACCGUCCUCAAGAUCUGGGACUCUGUUUUCUUUGAAGGCUCAGAGGUGCUGUUUCGGGUGGCCCUGGCUAUUUGGGAGAGACUGGGAGAGAGAAUAGAAUACUGCGAGACGGCCGAUGAGUUCUACAGCACCAUGGGAUGUCUUACUCAAGAGAUGCUGGAGCACAACCUCAUGGACCCUGCUGAGCUCAUGCAGGAGGUCUACUCCAUGGCCCUGUUCCCCUUCCCCCAGCUGGCAGAGCUGAGAGAGAAAUACACCUACAACAUCACACCGUUCCCCACCUCAGUCAAGUCCAACGGAAGCGGCGGCCUGGGCAGCUGGGAGAGCGACGAUGAUGCUGACAUGGAUGAUGAAGACUCCAUGGUCACAGCGCUCGGCUGUCUCGGUCCACUGGGUGGAUUACUGGCUCCCGAGCUCCAGAGAUACCAGAAGCACCUCAAAGAUCAGCGAGGCGAACAGGCCAACAUGGCGGAGCUGAGCCCCGGCGCUGUGGGAGCAGGGGGAGCGCGAGCGGAACACCAGGCGGCCAUUAACAGCAUGAUGAUGGAGCGGAUGAGCACGGACAUCUACGCGCUGAAGAAGCAGUACGCUCGCAUCAAGAGGAGGCAGCAGCAGCAGGCCAUGCAGCUCUGCAUCCGCACAGACAAGUGUCCGGCGACCCGCGUCCUGUCGUCCCAGCUCAACUCCUCCACCUCAGAGAUCAAUCACCUCCUGCUGGGACGGAAACCACUUGGAGGGCCGUGGGGCCCCCGUCAGGCCCCGUCGCUCCCGGGGGGUCGAACCAACCCGUCGCUCAGCUCUCCGACUAGGGGGCGCUGCAGCUCCAACAGUAGCGGUUCUCCGAGCAGCUCCCGAGGAGCUCCUGGCUCCCCGUGGCGCACCCAUGUCAGAGUGCACCGGAGGAACGUGGCUCUGGCCCGGGCCCAGCUGGGUUUCUGUGAGGUGCAGGAGCUCGAGGAGGGAGGAGUCUUGCAGCAGAGAGAUGAGGGCAGCGUCUCCUCCGUGUCUCCUGACCCCUCCAGGUCAGGCUCCGUCUGUGAGGAGGCGCAGGUGAGAGAUAUUGGGGAGGUGGUGGUCCAGCUGGACUCCCUGGGUCUUGAAGAACGUCCGGAACAUGACCCUCCCAUUCCGCUCCUCCCACCACCUCCUCUCCAAAAACACGCUACUUCAAAUGAGAACGAUGGACACUUAUCCCCCAUAUCUCCCACGUCUGCUCCCACCUCCCCACCAGCUGACCCCUCCUCCCCCACUGUAGCGCCAUCCACCCCGACCCAAGCCUCCACCUCUCAGCCUCCACUGUCCACCAUGUACAAAACCCCUUCCCCCUCCACGCCCUCCCUUUCCUCCGUCUGCUCCUAUCAGUCCAACAUGUCGUCCUCGCCGUCCACGCCUGCCUUCUCCUCCACCCCCAAAAUCUUCUCACCCUUCCCCUCUAUAAAGCAGCCCCGAAAGUCAGCCGCCGCCCGAAACCUGGGCCUCUAUGGACCCACGGCCCGAACUCCCACCGUCCACUUCCCACACCUGAGCCGCAACCUCAACCGCAGUAGCGCGGCCGGUGCCACCGGGAGGCGCUAGAGAGCUCUCCUUCCGCUCUACCAUGUUGCCUCCAGCGCCAGAGGAAAGUUUAAAGAGGGAUUCCGACUUAGGUCCUGAGUGUCGUUUGUUCAUUCCCAAAACUUAUUACAAACUAAGCAAGAGGGAAUCGUAGCACGAAGAGUUUUAUUCCUCACUGGAGAACGUUCACGCUGCCAUCAAUGGGCUAAAAUGAUAGUUAACAUGGCUCUGCACUUUUAAUUUGAAACUUGUCCACCACAAUCAGUCCAGUACUUACUGGACACACGUUUUAAUUGACAGAUAAAUUAAGGAUAAAAGCAGAAUAACUGGUCAAUUGAAGUAGUAAAAAUAUAAACAAACAAAAAUUAGCUGUAAUAAACCUGCUUUGACAAAUCGCUUCACUGGAAAAUCCGAUGAAUAAUUAUUGAAAGUACUACCUAAAAUAAUGUAUCACUGACAGAAUGCAGAAAUAUUAAUAAAUCAUUGGAAAAUAUAUGAAUACACUAAAAUAAGUAUCUCAUAUCUACAAAUUAAACAACAAAAUAUAAAUAAAUAAACUUGUUCUUUCGUGUCUGAUAAAUGAAAUACAGUCAAAAUAUUUCAGUGAUAAUGUAUUCAUAAGAAAACAAAUAAAUAAAUAGAAAUUAAUAAAUAUUUCAUAAAAUAAUAACUAAAACUUUUUUUUACUGAUCAAAACAUUCAUUUAGGUUAAAUUCUCACCAAUACAACUUGUUAAGAUCUGGUUGUAUUUUUUUGGAUUGCAGCCAUAGCUGGAAGGGAAAUUGACAAAAAUCAUCCCCUAAGUGAAUAUUUCCCUUUUCUUUUUUAAACUGGCAGAAAAAGAGCCUUGCUGAAUAAAUGACGCGUUAGACCGGGCAGGUUUGUUUGCUUGAUGCAUGUAAACAGUCACAGUCUUGAGUGUGCAGCCGGGUCACACUGGUUCUUCCUGACCACACUGAUGUCACCGUGUUGUAUGACGAUGUCACAGAUGUCCUCAUUUUGACUGUUUUCCACAUAGAACAAUGAUAAUAAUAAUAAUAAAAAAGCCAUCUACUUUCUAGCCAAGGAUUCCACUGUCGCUGUCCUAACAUGAGAACGUGUGACCUGAAAUUCAGUCGUGUGCUUGUCAGGAUGUCUGCCGUCUUCAUCUCGACUGUUCAACACGUGGAAUGUAAAAUUAUGAUUAAAAAAAUGAAAUGUAUCCUGAAAGUGAGAAUGUUUCUUCGGUUCAUCAAGUGUUGUCAACAUAUGAAGACUCGUGCAGUUGUUAGUGACAUUGAAAAGUCACUUUAUGGAUGAUAAAUAAUGCUUUAACU